CAACGGUGACGUGGGGUAGUUAGUUGUGUAGUGAAGAAGAAAGCCGUUCGGUUCGUUGGCUAGAUACGGCUUUAUUUGAGGAGAAUAUCUCCGUCCGCCAACUUCUAAUUCGUCUUGUUAGUCCGAUAAGCACCCUUGAGAUUUCGCCUUCAUUCUCAUUCCCCUUCUCAUACCUUUCCCCCUAGGAUCCACAGGGCAGUUUUCGCAGCUUCAAGCUUCGGAACUUGUGGCCAAUAGCGGCGCCGCCGGACCUCCGUCAGACCAGACAUCGCACGCCAGACAUGGGCACCAAUCAAACACCUUGUCAUAUACCUGGUAACAUGACCUGUUUACCUGCAGGAACAGAUCGAAUUGAGGAAGGGCAUUGGUGUGAGAAGGUGUCCGAGAGGCGCAGAAGCAACCAUCCGGCGGGGAAUGGCGGAUGCACUCUUGUGGUGUCGGCGAUUAGAGUCUUGCGAUCGGGCGAUGCGGCUGUUGGACUCUGCAUAAACAUGCUUUCAUCAAUCACCAGGGUCUCUCUCCGACGGUCGGCGGAACAUACAUUCACUGAACUGGAUAUGCUGUUGAUGUGCUCUUCAUGUUUGAUGUUUGAAUAUCUUUCUUUCUCUUUCGGUAGAGUCGUUGUGGAACCUCCGAGUUCCCUCCCAAUCCGCCCAAUGGGACCUCAGUUAUCCUAUUCUCAACAGACCAUCCUUCCCUCUUAUCAUAUAUAUCCCAUCAAAGCAGUGAGUGACUCCACAACCCAUCCUGUCGUCGUUGACCCAGACACAUUGACAUUCAUUCCAUCCCAAUCCUGCGCCAACGCCCUUUCACGGUCCCCGGUCCCGGUCCCGAGUAACCCCUGUUCCCAAAAAGUUAUGCUCCAGACCAUCCUGAGUGAAGAUCCCUCUGCACAGCUGCACUUUGCUGGGGUGGCGAUAUUCCCAGUUGCAACUUGCCCUGACCUGUCACGGAGGUCCCCUUUUCCGUAAUGUACAUAUAUAUAUACCGCAAUCGCCUUACUGCGACUUUCGCCCGACAUAACCUUGGCCAUCGUGGACGCAAGAGCCCAGGGUUCCGAUUGCAUCCACCCGUAUUG